AUGUGGUCAGCUCGAGAUACUUCACAAAAUUCUAAUCAAUCAUCCACUUUGGGUGGAAUGGGUGGAACUGGUACUACUGGCCAAUCAGGCGACCAAGGUAUAUCCACAACACAAGAUAGUGAAGGAUCAACAAAGGCUGGUAUGGGUGGUGGCAGUAGUGGACAACACAGUAACACUGGAGGUGGUCCAAGUAAUUAUCUCAAUAUAGUGAUCGCUGAUUUAUAG